AUGGAGACUAUAAGGAAUGUUUUGGCUUUGGCUGCACAACUGAAGACAAAGGUUUAUCAAUUGGAUGUCAAAUCUGCAUUUUUAAAUGGAGAACUUGAAGAAGAGGUUUAUGCAGAGCAACCUCAAGUUUAUGUUGAGAAAGGGGAAGAUAAUGUUUAUCGCCUCCGUAAAGCCUUAUAUGGCUUAAAGCAAGCACCAAGAGCCUGGAACAAUAAAAUUGAUCACUAUUUUAUGCAAACUGGAUUUACUAGAAGCUUAAGUGAGCCAUCACUUUAUCUCAAGAAAGAAGGUACACAUGAUUUUCUGAUUUUGUGCCUUUAUGUUGAUGAUUUGAUCUAUACAAGCACAAAUCCAAAGUUGGUAGAAGUUUUCAAGAAGAACAUGAUGAAGGAAUAUGAAAUGACAGAUCUAGGCACUAUGAGAUAUUUUCUUGGUAUACAGGGAAAGAGGAAAAAGAAAGGCAGAGUUCUUCUGGCAGCUGCCAGAAAAACAAAUUGGAGAAGAAGACGAACAGUGCACGAGCUUGUUGAGUUUUUGCAAGUUAGAGAGAAAGCUUGCUCUCUGCAGGUUGUGGGUUGUCCCUGUUGGGUAGGGGAAGGGGAUUUGGGGGCUCAAUAUCCUCCUUUCCUGCAGCCGUGCAGUGGGAGCUUCCACUCUUGGUUUGCUGUUUUUUCUUCUUUCCUUUCCUCUUCCUUGGCUGAAUCUGAUGAAGGAAAAGAAGUGAAAAUAUAUGCUGGUCCAAGGGGUGCUUUUGACAGGGUGCAGGCCAGCAUUCCUUGGUUCUUUGGGCGUCUCUGGCUUGGAACUUGCUCCCAGCAGCUUUGCUUGAUGAGUCUGCCAACGUGUUCUCUGUUUUUCAAAAGAGCUGAAGCUCUUGUGGGCUAUUUUGGGUUUUUCUAA